GCUGCAGACAUGCAUUCAGUGACAGUUGCAGGUCCAACAUGUUACUAAACAACAUGUGUGAGACUUUCAACUCUGUUAUCAGAGAUGCAAGAGACAAACCUAUCCUCACCCAAAUGGAAUGGAUGAGGAGGUACAUGAUGAGGAGAAAUAAUGAGAAGUGGGAGGACUCCAAGGAAAUCACAACCAACAUCACUCCAUAUGUGCAUAAGCUAUUUCAGAGGAUGAGCUAUGUGGCUAGGAAUUGCAUAAUUGAAGCUGCCAGGGAUGACACUUAUGAAGUGCAGCUGAAUUAUUACCAGGUUCUAGUUGACUUGCCAAAUUGGUCUUGUUCCUGCAAUCACUGGCAAUUAACAGGCAUCCCAUGUAUUCAUGCAUUUGCAUGCAUAAUGGAUCAGAGGGUUGAUGCUGAGCAGUUUGUCCACCCCUAUUACACUAUGGACACUUACAGAGCAGCAUAUGAGCCUGCAAUUCAACCUAUGCCAGGCCCAAAGCAUUGGGAGAGAGUGAACAUGAGAGAGCCUCGUCCACCAGCAUUCAAACAGCAGCCUGGAAGACCUAAACAGAAGAAGAGGAAGCUGGAACCUGGGGAGGGAACAUCUGCAACAGGAGGGGAGCAGGGAAGAAAGAGGAGGAAAAGUCAGUGUAGGAUUUGUGGUGGAUUUGGCCACUAUCCCAAGAAUUGCAAGGGCCCACAUGAACCUGAACCAACUGAGCAGAGAACUGCAGGAAUGCCUCCUUUAAAUUCACCUUGGGUAGUUGAGCAAAGGAAGAAGAGGGAGAUCAAAGCUGCUAAGAAGAGUGCAAUAGGGGCUGGUCCAAACAGCAUUUGGAAUAAGACUUUUCCCCAAGAGCAACCUGGCUGUGAACCAUUGAAUAAGAGGAAAGGUUCACACAGACAACAAGGGCAGCCACAAGCCAAGCAUCACACCACCCCCUCUUCCAGCCAACCUGAACCCAAUGAUACUGGAGUGCAGACAAGGAGGGCUAAGCUGCUGACUUCCAGACAAGGAGGGCUGACACAAUGAUGUUUGAAUUGUUUUUCUGAACUUUAGUUGUUGGUUGUAUUUUCUGAACAAUCAGUUGCAAUAUUUGUAGCUUUACUUUUGGGUUUAGGACAAGGAUCCUGUUUUGUUAAAUUAAUACUUUGCUUUAAGGCUUUACCAGCCAAUUUUGUUAGGCACUGCAACAACAAAUUUGAUCAACAACUUAAAUGCAAUAUCAACUACUUAGGUACUUACUUAA